AAAAGACCAAACAAACAAACAAACAAACAAAAAAUAGCACCAGUAUAUGGCCGGGCUUAAGUUUAUGGGAUAACGUUUUCUAUGUCACAGUGGUGUCACACUAAAAACGCAUCGCAGAAACAUUUUAUGCCGAACUCAUAAACACAAAAUUCAAUAUUUAAAAUAAAAUAUCUUCAGCAAUACCAUUUAUAUAAUUUCACACAAACAAUCUCAUCCCUCAUCCCUUCUUUUAUGUUGGUGUAGCUUAAUCAAAAUUUCUAUAUUUAACAAUUAUGAUAGAUUAUGCUUAUCUAAUCAGUGUCCUAAAUAUUUUGAGGACUUUCAUAGAAAGAUAAACAAUUUCGUAAAGACAUAUUCGUACUAUUGUCUUUUGGGUAUCAUUGUUAGUGAAAAAUUAUUUCAGUUUUACAGGUUACAUUUUUUUGUUAUAUAAUUUUAUGUGGAUUUAUAGUAUACAACGUAGGUCAUUCUUCUCAAGUUUGAUGUUUGCUAAUCUGGAGGACUAUGUUUACUUCAGUCAUAUAAUAACUAUACAGAUGUUUAGAUUGUGACAAUAAGGAAACGAUGACACCAGGUCGCAAUUGUUCACAAUGUUCGAGAAAGGAGAUAUUAUAUCUCGUCGGUUCAAUAUCCGGGCUUCUGACUGGGCUCGGAUUUGCUGUGUAUGGUAUUAUAACAGAUCGUUUCCGGUCCGAGGACUCAAGUUUCCUUUUUGUUUUUGCUGUCAACUGCUGCUUUGCACUGAUUUACACGGUGAAAGGUGUCAAGCACGAGGACCCGUAUGACCUCAUGAUUCUCGUGCUCUCUGUGGCGCCGAUUGUUUUAUAUGUCACCAUCGACUACUCCUCGAACAGACAAACUGAAUAUAAAGAGGUACGGCUGAUUCUGUGUCUAAUGUUUUCGCUAUUCAUUGGGAGUUUUGGUAUAUACUUUUUGGUUCAGUAUUUGAAAUCCAAGAAUUUCAUAACAAACUAUGGUACAAGUUUUGUGCCACCUUCGAGAAGUGAUGCUCUUGGACAUUCGAACUUUAAUGCAGCCCAGAAAAACUAUGAUAAUCUCAAAGGUUAUCUAAGGACGAUGCUUCUGUUUUAUUUCCUUCUGAGUGUGAACUUGCAAUGUGACCUAAGUGCAGCAGUUUUUACUCUCACGUCAGGGUACGCCAUUCAGUUAAAAUCUGGGUUUUUCAUUCAUAAAGAUAUGUUUAUUCUCUUCUUUGCUGUGAUGAUUAUUGCGGCCUGCGCAUUCAUAUUUGGUCAUAUUAGUAUAAAAUACGAGAGUAAACUGUGUGUAUUUUUCUUUGGAAUGUCAUCGGUUUUUCUUGUGGCAACAGGAAUGUACCUUCUCGUGCAGGCUGCGGAAGACAUCAAUAAAACGGAAGUCGACCACAAGCUAAGUGUUAUUACUUUGUUCACAGCAAUCCUUAUGGUGUUCCUUAGAAUAAUCACGUGUACAGGAUGUUAUCUUGCCUAUAAUAACUUUGGGAAAGGUCUAAAACAAGCAGUUUACGGCGGGAAUAAUUCGGAACAAAGUGGUCUGAUAGAACGAGAUUGGAACAAUCCACUAUACAGUAGCACUGAUGUACAAAAUAGUUAUUCUAGUUAAAUGUGUACAACGACGAUGUAUCAUGCUGCAUGAACAAAGCCCAUCUUGAUGGAGAUGGUGUCAAGGAGUAUAUCUCAUUAUAUUAGUGUUAGAAUGCUCAAACAAUGCACUGAAUAGAGAUAUCUUUAAAAGUUUUUUUUUAUUACUAUGAUAACAGUUUUAAGUUAUAGACCGUUUAUCUUAAUUAUUCUGUGACAUUCAUUGUGUAAUAAAUGUACAUGUAUAAACUUAAAUUAGCAAGACUUUUGUGCCGUGAUAUAUCAUAUCUCUAACUGAAUAUGUUUAUUUCAUAUUCAGUGGUGGUAACAAUAAGGUACUAUAUGUAGGCAACUUCAAUGGCCUUUGAAAGUGUGUGUUUAAAUCCCGUCUUUGACACUGGAAUUUUCACAUGAGGAAGCUAUCUAUCUCGUAGAAUAAACAAAAACUAGCUAUCGAAGGCACAAACCCUACUCUUGUUACAAAAAAGUUUCUUUUCAGUGACGAGAAGUGGACUCAAUCGUGGUUAAUCAAAAUUAUGAAGAUUGAACAAUGGACUAUCAACUUAUUUUAUAAAUAAGUAGCCAGUUCUGACUGUAGCAUUGUAUAUGCAAAUUUCUCGUCGCUAUAAGACCUAUUACAAUUAUGAAACCACACUGUAGUUACACAAAAUAUUCGUAGGGUUAACUUAAUAAAUGUGAUAAUUAUGUUA